UGAUGAUAACAUUUUGCAGAGUGUGUGAGCAUCUUAAGAUAGAGAAUAUCAUGAAGAAUUUAUGUAAACAAAUUUGUAAUCUUUACUAGAAUAAAGAAGAAUAAUACAUCUAUUAGAUAGAAUUUGGAAACUGGCUUAAUGCAAUUUAAGAUGAAUGGGGGCAUUUAAUAAUAUAAUAAGAUAGGAGGUUAUGCAAAAUAGGAAGAGUCUAUAAUAAAACAAAUAGGUUGUCGAAGAUUGGAAUCUAUUAAUGAGAAAAAAAAAACCAAAAUAUUGAGGAUAAUGGGCCUUAAACUACUAAUUAGUAAGUUUAAGAAUAAAAAAUGUCUUGGUAAGAAAAUAUUGCUCACAUCAAGAAAAAUGUAAGAAUUAAAGAUGAAUUCAAAGUCUAAGUUCAAAGUUUUACAAUGAAAAGAAUUGUAUUGCUUAAGAAACAUCAAAUAUUAACAAUUAUUAUAGUUUGAGGAUUUUAAUAAAUUAGAGAAUACAUAUUAGGGAUCAACCAAAAGCCUCAAUUUUUUAGGCUUUAUAUUAGAUAGAAAUUUCAUGGCUUGGAUGAAACAGUAC